AUGAAUGAGCCUCGACAAUCAUAUCGCAAAGCCUGCGGCCCGGCCCUAGAGGCGGUGUAUGAGAGCGCCGAAGCCAACGUCGACAUCGUCGCUGUCCACGGCCUCGGCUCGGACGUCUACUGGGCGUGGACGUGGAAGAACCCGGCCGACCCAGGAAACCCCGACCUCCACGUCAGAUGGCUCCAGGACCCCGACAUGCUCCCGGCCGUCGUACCCCACUCGCGCAUUCUGCUCUACAACUACAACUCGAGGUGGCACAAGGACGCGCCCAAGACGCGCCUGUCACUUUGCGGCGAGGAGCUCGCCCGCAGCGUCCGCGACUUCCGGGAGGGUGCGACGGCGAGCCGGCCAAUCGUCUUUGUCGGCCACAGCCUCGGGGGCAACGUCAUCCAGCAUGCCCUCCUCUACGCCAACUCGGACGACGCCUUGAGGCAUGUCGCGACGUCGACGGCAGGCGUCAUUUUCCUCGGCUCGCCAUUGCGCGGAUCCCACUUCCAGACUCUGGCCGAGAUCGCGGCAUGGUUUUCACGCUUUGUCGGCUCGCACGACGGCAUCGUCCGCGAUCUGGCCUACGACGACGAGAACCUGAUGGACACGUUGCACUAUUUUUGUCGCCUGAGGAACACUCUCUCUCUAACCACGUGCUGCUUUUUCGAGCUACACAAAACUGACUAUGCGAAGAAGAUGUUGGGCGUUGGAUGGCCUAGCAAGGAAAGGGUGGUCGACGAGGCGUCGGCGUGUAUCCCCGGCCUCGAAAGGCGUUCGCUGGAAGCAAAUCAUUCUGAGUUGAAUAAGUACUCCGGCCCGGAUGACCGCUCCUUCCGGAGUGUCUCCGCGGAGCUGCGCAGGCUCUGUGCAGACGCCCCAGCCGUCGUCGAGCGCCGGACACAACAGAAACGCGAAGCGAAAGAGUGCCUCCGGCACCUCUUCCUCACUGAUCCAUACGAGGACAUGCAGAAAAUGAAGCGGAAGAAAGGUCACCGCGCCAAAGGUACCUGCGACUGGAUCCUCGGGACCGACGAGCUGACAGCCUGGCUUGGCGAUGCGCCAGAGUCGACGUCUCCCGCCACAGACGUCCUCUGGCUCCACGGAAACCCAGGGACGGGCAAGUCGACCAUGUCAAUGUUCCUUGCCGAGGCGCUAUCGGAGGCCUUCUCCCAGACGCCGAAUAAGACGCUCGCGUACUUCUUCUGUGACUCAGGCUACGACACGCGCAAGACGGCCACGGCCGUUGUCCGUGGGCUCCUCCUGCAGCUAGUGCAACAGCACCCGCGUCUCAUCGAGUAUGUCCUCCCCAAGUACGAGGAGCGCAAGGCCCGCGCGUUUGAGUCAUUUGAUGCUUUGUGGGGCAUGUUCUUGAAAGCAUGCGCGGAUGUCCCAACCGGCCGCAAGUACUGCGUCGUCGACGCCCUAGACGAGUGCACGCAGGACGACCAAAUGACACUUCUAAAGCAAAUCAAGCAGACGUUCGGCCAAGAUCGAGCCGCCGGCGGGCUGAACGUUAGCUUUCUUUUCACCAGCAGACCGUACUCUGAAAUUACCGAGCAUCUGCAAACGUUCCCUAGCAGAGAUCUGGCAUCGUUCAAGGAGUCGAGACAAGAUGUUGACAAGUUUAUCGACGAGAAGGUGGCUGAGCUCGGCGAAAGAAAAAAGUACACGAAAACCGUUGCUACUAUAAUUGCGCGGGUACUUCGGGACAAGGCCGGCGGUAUCUUUCUCUGGGUCGGCUUGGCCUGUCGGGAGCUAGAGGACGUUCCUUCAAGAAACUCCGUCAUACGCCUCGUGACGAUACCCGCAGGACUUCAAUCGCUCUAUAAACAGCUCCUCGAUACAGCACUUCAAGGCGAGGAUCCCGACAUGGUGAAAAGACUGCUCAGCUUCGUCAUGGUAGCACGGCGUCCUCUCAGCACUCGGGAGCUCGCCUCCGCAUGCAAUCUCUACCAGGACGAAGCUGAAGAAGAGCGCAUCCAGUUCACAAGCGAGGUUGUCGCUUCCUGUCGACUGAUGAUCGUGGUUCAGGACGACAAAGUCUUGCUGCUGCAUCAGUCAGUCAAGGACUUCCUGGUAGGCGACAUGGCCGGCAGCAUGUGGUAUGUCCGCGAGCUACAAGUCCACAACAUACUGGCAAGUCGCUGCGUUCAGUGCCUCAUUGCAAAUUUUACGCUGGAAGGAUGCCACCAAAAGGAAAACGACGACUUUGUUCAGUACGCUACGGAGUUUUGGCCGGAACACGCGCAUAUAGCUCAAGAAGAAUUCCAGAUCGAAGAUAACCAGGCCGAGUUUUUCACCAUCGAAUCAAAGAUACGCGACAGCUGGUGGGAAAAUUAUCUCACGUCGGAGUACGGAGUGCCUCCUGGCCUGUCAAUCUUUCAUGUUGCUGCCCGAUGGGGUAUCCCGCUACUUGUUGAUUAUGCGCUCUCACGGAAGCCUGGUCUCGCUGCAGCCUCUGCACAAGCGACAUUAUAUUUCCCAUACGUUGAUUCAGCCUACCGAGACUCAGACGGGUGCACGCCGCUCAUGCAGUGCGCGGCUUCUAGCUAUAUCAAUGUUUUCAAGCGCAUGCUCGACCGAGCGGAUCCUGCGUUGCAAGUGGAAACAGAAGUGAUCCAGGCGGCAGCCCACAAUCAAGAAUGUGGACCUAAAGUGAUAGAAGCCCUUUUUUCUCACAAAGGAGACCGGGUCACGAUUACAGAGGACGUCAUCAAGGCAGCCGCGGAGAACGAGGGGAGCGGAGCCGAGGUGAUGCGAAUCCUUCUCGGCCAGAAAGGAAAUCAAGUCACGAUUACUGAAGACAUCGUGGAGGCCGCAGCAGAAAAUUGGGAGAGCGGGGAGGAGAUACUGAAAGUCCUACUUAACUGGAAAAAAGGCCAGAUCACCAUUACUGCAGCUGGCAUUGCAGCUGUCUUUCAAAACUUUGGGCCCGACGUGAUAGAGGCCCUCCUCGCUGGGAAAGGAGAUCAAAUCAUAAUCACAGAGGGUAUCGUUAAUAUCGCGGCUGGGAACUGGGAGAGCGGGGAGGAUGUGAUGAAGGUCCUUCUGACCUGGCAAGGAGGCAAGGUCAAGAUCACUACCGGUGGCGUUGCCGCCGUCACUAGGAUCUUCGGGCCCAAGCUGAUGAAAGUUCUCCUCACCCAUAGAGGAGACCAAGUCGCGAUCUCGGAAAGCGUUAUCUUAGCCGCCGCGAAGAACGAGACGAGCGCGGCGGAGGUGAUGGAGCUCCUUCUUGCCCACAGGGGAGAUCGAGUCACAAUCACAGAGAACAUCGUCAAGGUCGCCUCAAGGAACUGGCGCAACGGGGCCGAGGUGAUGAAACUCCUUCUCGACCGCAGGGCGGAGGAAGUCACGAUCACAGAGGAUGUAGUGAAGGCCGCCGCAGGGAAUUCGGGCAACGGGGCCAAGGUGAUGAAGAUUAUUCUCACCCAAGGAGGCUUGGGCACAAUCACCGAAAACGGAAUUGCUGCCGUCGCUAAUAACUUUGGACCCGAUGUGACGGAGGUCCUUCUCGCUCAUAGGGGAGACCAAGUCACAAUCACAGAGGAUAUUGUCAAGGCCGCCGCACGGAACUCGGCCCACGGGGCCCAAGUCAUGGAGGUCCUUCUCGACCGCAGGGCUGAUCAAAUCAAGAUCACUGAAGGUAUCGUUAAGGUCGCCGCAGGGAAUUGGCACAAUGGGGCCGAGGUGAUGGAGGUCCUUCAAGACCGCAGAGGGGAUCAAAUCACGAUCACAAAUAAUGUCGUCGAGGCCGCGGCAGGGAACUCGGGCAACGGGACUAAGGUGAUAAAGAUUCUUCUCACCCGAGAAGGCAUAGGUGCGAUCACCGCAAGCGGCAUUACUGCCCUCGCUAGGAACUUUGGACCCGAUGUAGCCGAGGUCCUUCUCGCUCACAGAGGAGACCAAGUCACAAUCUCGGAAAACGUUCUCUUAGCCGCCGCGAAGAACGAGACGAGCGCGGGGGAGGUGAUGAAGCUCCUUCUUGCCCACAGGGAAGAUCAAGUCACGAUCACAAAGGAAAUAGUCAACGCCGCUAUAGAGAACUCGGGUAACGGGGCCAAGGCGAUGAAGAUUCUUCUCCUCCGAGAAGGCUUAAGCACGAUUACCGCGAACGAAAUUACUGCUGUCACUAGGAACUUUGGACCUGAUGUGAUAGAGACCCUUCUAGACCGCAGAGAAGACCAAAUCACGAUUACAGAGGAUAUCGUUAAGUCCGCCGCAAGAAACUCGGUCAACGGGGCCAAGGUGAUGGAGCUCCUCCUCGACCGCAGAGCAGAAGAAGUCACGAUCACAGAGGAUAUCGUCGAGGCCGCUGCAGGGAACUGGGAGAAUGGGGAACAGGUGAUAGAGCUCCUCCUCGACCGUAGGGGAGAAGAAUUCACGAUCACGAAAGGUAUCGUCAAGGCCGCCGUGAAAAACCCGGGCAAUGGGGCCAAGGUGAUAAAGGUCCUCCUAGACCGCAAGGCAGAAGAAGUCACGAUCACAAAGGAUAUCGUCGAGGCCGCGGCAAGAAACUCGGCCGAGGUGAUAGAGGUCCUCCUCGACCGCAGGGGAGAUCAAAUCACGAUUACAGAAGAUAUCGUCGAGGCCGCUGCAGGGAACUGGGGCAACGGGGCUAAGGUGAUAGAGGUCCUCCUUGACCGCAGGGAAGAUCGAAUCACGAUCACGAAAGGUAUCGUCAAGGCCGCCGUGAGCAACUCAGGCGACGGGGCCGAGGUCAUGAAGGUCAUUUUUGACCGUAGGGGAGAAGAAGUCACGAUCACAGAGGAUAUCGUUAAGGCUGCGGCGUGGAACUUGGGGAAGGGGGCCGAGGUGAUAGAGCUCCUUCUGGACCGCAGGGGAGAAGAAUUCACGAUCACGGAGGAUAUCGUCGAGGCCGCGGCAGGAAACUCGGCCGAGGUGAUAGAGGUCCUCCUCGGCCGUAGAGCAAAAGAAGUCACGAUUACAGAGGAUAUCGUUAAGGCCGCCGCAAGAAACUCGGCCAACGGGGCCAAGGUAAUAGAGCUCCUCCUCGACCGCAGGGCAGAAGAAGUCACGAUUACAGAAGAUAUCGUCAAGGCCGCUGCAGAGAACUCGGGCAACGGGGCCCAAGUAAUAAAGGUCCUUCUCGACCGCAGGAGAGAUCAAAUCACGAUUACAGAGGAUAUCGUUAAGGCCGCCGCAAGAAACUCGUUUGACGGGGCCCAGGUGAUAGAGGUCCUCCUCGACCGCAGGGGAGAAGAAGUCCUGAUCACAGAGGAUAUCGUCGAGGCCGCGGCAGAAAACUCGGGCAACGGCGCCAAGGUGAUAGAGCUUCUUCUCGACCGUAGGGGAGAAGAAGUCACGAUCACAGAGGAUAUCGUUAGGGCUGCGGCGUGGAACUUGGGGAAGGGGGCCGAGGUGAUAGAGCUCCUUCUAGACCGCAGGGCAGAAGAAGUCACGAUCACAGAGAAUAUCGUCCAGGCCGCUGUAGGGAACUCGGGCAACGGGGCCCAGGUGAUAAAGGUCCUUCUCGACCGCAGGGGACAUCAAAUCACGAUUACAGAGGAUAUCAUCUAUGCCACCGCAAGAAACGCGGUCAACGGGGCCAAGGUGAUAGAGGUUCUCCUUGACCGCAGGGAAGAUCGAAUCACGAUCACGAAAGGUAUCGUCGAGGCCGCCGCAAGAAACUCGUUUGACGGGGCCCAGGUGAUAGAGGUCCUCCUCGACCGUAGGGGAGAAGAAUUCACGAUCACAAAGAAUAUCAUCUAUGCCGCCGCAAGUAACUCUGGCAACGGCGCCAAGGUGAUAGAGCUCCUCCUCGACCGCAGGGCAGAAGAAGUCACGAUUACAGAAGAUAUCGUCAAGGCCGCUGCAGGG